GUUAUGGAUCUAAGCCGAUUGCUGGGCAUUUUCCUGGGGCUGCUGCUACCUUAUGUAUCUCCGUAUCGCAAUCGGAUAAUCGGAGGCAGGGAAUGCCCCGAGGAUGCACAUCCCUGGCUCGUGCAGCUGUACGAUUUAACAUUGCCUUACUGUGCUGGAAUACUGAUCGACUUAAACUGGGUGGUCACUGCGGCUCACUGCUGUCUAAACAGGAGAUCGAUCGUGAUCCGUCUCGGAGAGCACAGCUUGUCAGAGUCAUCUGGGCAUGAGCAAAUGAGGACCAGCACAGAAACUGUUUUAUUCAACCCCAGCGCCGUCUGUGAAUUUGAAUGCGAAAAUGACAUCAUGCUGAUAAAACUGAACACACCUGCUGUCCCUACGGCUUACGUAGCCCCUCUCAGCUUGGCCACGAGCCCUCCCUCGUUGGGAACAAGCUGCACUGUGGAACUCCAAACAUUUCCCGACGUGCCUCAGUGCGUUAACAUUACGAUCCUCGAAAGCCAGUUAUGUGAGGAUCCAUUUCCAUGCGUUGUGCCUGAGAAUAUUCUUUGUGCCGGGGUUCUUGAAGGAGGCAAAGACUCAUGCCGGGGAGACUCUGGCGGGCCACUUAUCUGUGACGAUAUGCUUCAGGGCAUCGUGUCUUUGGGUGGGACCCCUUGCGGCCAGCCAUACCUGCCAGGUGCCUACACCAAAAUCAGCCAAUAUGCCAGCUGGAUCCAGGAAAUCAUUGGUGGAAGUGACAACGGAGCCAAGUCCUAAGCGUGUAACUCUGGCAGAGGCCUCUCGGAGUGGGGAAGGGCUUCCCAGAAACGGUUUCCUUUUUCCCCAGUGACCUAUUCUUGCAAACACAUUCUCUGCUCCUUUACUCAGAAGGAGGUCUCAGUAAAUUGAAUGGGACUGAUUCCCAGAUACAUGUGCGUUCCAUUGUCCUGUCCUACCCCAACCAUCCUUGGAUUGAUCCCCCCCCCCCACGAGUGUUAUCAUUAUGAAUCAUUAUGCUAAAAUCGCAAAUUUGAUAUGAAUG